GGGGGUGGAAUGAUCCAGAAGAUUUGAGAUAUUUGCCCACUGGAGAGGGCGCGCCGUAUCACGAGCGGGCAGCAGGGCACCCAACCAAACCCAAGUACCCCACGCAGCCGGCAACCAUUUCUGCUUCCGCACCACCGCAUCGUCCGCCGCCGCCAGUCGCGCGCACGCGUCCGGCACCGGCACCGGUACCAGCACAGCACGCCAAGCCUCCUCCCCUGACCCUCCCGUGCACCCGGCCCCGCCGCGAAAGCCCCGAGAUCCGCCGCGCCGUCGGAAGAUGGGGCGGAGAGGGGAGCCCUACUACGUGGAGGCGGCGCCGCCGGUGGACAUCAACAAGAACACCGAGUGGUUCAUGUACCCGGGCGUCUGGACCACCUACAUCCUGCUGCUCUUCUUCGCGUGGCUCCUCGUCCUCUCCGUCUCCGGCUGCUCCCCGGGGGCCGCCUGGACCGUCGUCAACCUCGGGCACUUCGCCAUCACUUACCACUUCUUUCAUUGGAAGAAAGGAACCCCAUUUGCUGCUGAUGACCAGGGCAUCUACAGCCGAUUGACAUGGUGGGAGCAAAUUGACAAUGGUCAGCAGCUUACUCGGAACAGAAAGUUUUUAACUGUGGUACCUGUGGUCCUGUACCUGAUUGCAUCACACUUGACCGACUACAAGCAGCCGAUGUUUUUCCUCAACACGGUGGCGGUUUUCGUGCUGGUUGUAGCAAAGCUGCCAAACAUGCACAAGGUCCGCAUAUUUGGAAUCAAUGCAGACAUCUGAGUGCCACUUGAGGAAGUAUCUGGAUGUUCUCGUGCUCCAAGGUCUGAAAGAGGGACGUGGAACAAGUGAAUGCUUUGCAAAGGCAACUCGGUCGCCGCCUGUAAUAUCUGUGUAAGUGUAGAAAGAACUGUAAAUGUUACUCUAGCAUACUGUACAAGGUUUGCCUGCAGACUGCUGUGUGUUUGUUGUUGCAGCUUCUUCCUUCAGAGUUGGUUCGCUGGAAGCUGUCUGUUAGUGCAACACAGCAGUAUGUGGAUAAGAAAGUGUGUAGCAAAUGCUAUUUGCCGUCUUGUAUAGAAUGGAACCCAGACAUAAGUGAAAUCAUCUUUCUGUGGGUAGGCCCCAGGGUGUAUUGAUA